CCAUGGCGACCAGGCGCCUUGGGGUGGGGGAGAUGCUGGGGGCCCUUAACGCGGCCCUGGGGCCAGGCGGUCCGGUGUGGAUCAAGGAGAAGCGCACCCGCCACCUGCGUUCCCGAGACUUUUUGGCACCGCAUCGCGCGCUGCAGGCGCGCUUCGAUGACGGCCAGGUUCCGGAGCAUUUGCUCCAUGCCCUCGCCUGCCUGCAGGGCCCCGGUGUGGCCCCGGUGCUGCGCUGCGCGCCGACCCCCGCGGGUCUGUCUCUCCAACUGCAGCGGCCCGCUGUCUUCGAGCGCGUCCUCAGCGCCGUGGCCGCCUAUGCCACGCCCGCCUCGCCUGCCUCGCUGGGCCAGCGCGUCUUACUACACUGCCCAGCACUGCGCAGCUCCCCCUGCGCACUCCGCUUGAGCCAGCUGCGUACCGUGCUCGUGGCCGAUCAUCUGGCGCGAGCCCUGCGCGCUCACGGGGUGUGCGUGCGCCUAGUGCCAGCUGUGCGGGAUCCGCACAUGCUGACCUUCCUGCAGCAACUGCGGGUGGACUGGCCCGCUGCCUCGGAGAGAGCUUCCUCCCACACCCUGAGGAGCCACGCCCUUGAAGAACUUACCUCUGCUAAUGACGGGAGGACACUGUCCCCUGGCAUCCUAGGCAGACUGUGUCUGAAGGAGCUGGUGGAAGAACAGGGCCGCACAGCUGGCUAUGACCCCAACCUGGACAACUGUCUGGUGACUGAGGAUCUCCUCUCUGUGCUGGCUGAGCUGCAAGAGGCUCUAUGGCAUUGGCCCGAGAACAGCGACCCAGGCCUGGCUGGGGCCCCAGAUACUGGUACAGACGGCUGCCUGGUUGUACAUGUUGUUAGCUGUGAGGAGGAGUUCCAGCAACAGAAGUUGGACCUGCUUUGGCGGAAGUUGGUUGACAAGGCUCCACUCAGACAGAAGCACCUGAUCUGUGGCCCUGUGAAAGUAGCUGGUGCACCUGGCACUCUGAUGACUGCCCCUGAGUACUACAAGUUCCGACAUGCCCAGGUGUGCAAGGCCUCAGCACUGAAGCAUGGUGGGGAUCUGGCACAAGACCCAGCCUGGACAGAGAUCUUUGGUGUUCUCUCUGUGGCCACCAUCAAGUUUGAGAUGCUGAGCACAGCCCCACGGAGUCAGCUCUUCCUGGCUCUGGCUGACAGCAGUAUCUCCACGAAGGGCACAAAGAGUGGCACCUUUGUCAUGUAUAAUUGUGCCCGUCUUGCCACACUCUUUGAGAGUUACAAGUGUAGUAUGGAACAAGGUCUGUACCCCACUUUUCCUCCUGUGAGCAGUCUGGACUUCUCACUGCUACAUGAUGAGGGUGAAUGGUUGUUGCUCUUCAACAGUAUCCUCCCCUUUCCGGAUCUGCUAAGCCAGACAGCAGUGCUGGACUGCACAGCCCCGGGGCUCCACAUUGCUGCACGCACAGAGAUGGUGAGGCAUAGACAACCAGGACACUCUACACUCUAUUCUUUAUUCUGGCCUGGGGCACAAGAGCAAAGAGAUGGGCCAGUGACUCAGUCUCUGUCUCUAGAUAUGCAAGUUCCUGGUACAGCUCAGCAUGGAUUUCAGCUCCUACUACAACCGGGUACACAUCCUGGGGGAGGCUCGACCACACCUCUUUGGUCAGAUGUUCGUCCGCCUGCAGCUUCUGAGGGCUGUGCGUGAGGUGCUCCAUACUGGCCUGGCUAUGCUGGGUCUCCCUCCACUGAGCCACAUCUAAGGCCACAGAGGCUCCAAUACUUGGGAAUGUUCACAAAGUCAUCAACUGGAAAAAAAGCAAAAACCCACGGCCAAAAUAAAUUGGUACUGUUACGAA